AUGACAUCCUCAUCGGUUAAUAUUAAUUUCCGUAAAUUAGCCGAGAAUUUUUCAAAAGAAAAACAGGCUGAAACCGUCUAUUGGCAACGAAAUUCUGCAAAAUUUCGUGCAAUUGAACAACGUUGCGCGUCUUAUGAUGAAUUUCGACAAAUCGUAGCCGCGUCGCAUUUGAAACCGUUAGAUAAGAAUGAAACAUUAACAUUUGAACAUUAUAAACAAGUCAGUUGGAAUCAACAAGCAGCGAGACAAGAUUCAGCAUCGGCUACCACCCUACCUGCAAUAACUACAGCAACGUCUCCUAUUCAAUCCAAAACUUUUGUCCAUUUACCAAAAUACCUACCUGAAUUUAUUCUACAAUGGCGUCGUUGUCAAACUAGUGCGAUGAAAUUUGAAUAUUUGAAACAAUAUGAUUUGUCAACAUUAGAAAAAAUAUUUCAGACGGAUUUUACAACAGAACUGCUAAAUGAUUUGACACAGAUAUAUGAGAGUAAUUCAUAUGACAAUGCUCAAAUUAUUGUUCAAUUGUUAGCGAUUAUUGUUAAUGCCAAACGUUUUCAAUUAACUAAAGGAUUUUUUACCGAAAUUGAAAAGCAUAAUCUCGAUAAACUUUUUUCACAUUUAAUGACAUUCAUUACACUAAGACCAACAGUUCUAAUUUUAAGUAUAUUGUAUCUAAAAUGA